UUUCCCCUUUCGUAGCCCUAGUAGCUGUUCCUCAGCCAACAUUUUUCGCGAAACAAUUUUUUUUCCUUUAUUUUUUUGCUGACACGGAACAAUUUGUUGGUCUUACGGAUUGGCGAAACCAAAUGCUAAUUCACUCGAUCUCUCGUGUGGUUUCGCCGUCGAUUCGAUCGCAACCCUCAAAAGUUUCGGCUUUAGGGUUUUGUUCCACUGUCUCAGCAGCCGAGCGAUUGUACCAACAGCUUCAGACAUGCCCAAGCAAUGUCGAGAAGGCUUUAGCAUCAGUUAGCGUUAAACUGGACGCCGCUUGUGUCGGAGAGGUAGUUGGAAGAUGCAAGCGGAAUCAGUUUCAUUCGGGUUUCAGAUUUUUCGUUUGGGCGGGAACCCAGUCGGGCUAUAGGCACAGUCUAUUUAUGUAUAACAAAGCGUGUGAUGUUUUCGAGAUUAGCAGAAACCCAGGGAUGAUCAAGGAUGUUAUAGAUGCGUACCGCGCAGAGAAAUGUUCUGUCAGCGUCAAGUCUCUCAAGGUAAUUCUGAAUCUCUGUCACCAAGCUAGGCUUCCCGACGAGGCGUUGUGGGUGCUGAGGAAAAUGCCGGAAUUCAAUUUACGUGCGGAUACAGUUUCGUAUAAUCUGGUCAUUAGGUCGCUUGUCGAUAAGGGUGAUGUAAAUACGGCUGACCAGUUGAUGAAGGAGAUGGGUUUGGUAAAUCUUUACCCAGAUGUAAUCACAUAUAGUUCAGUGAUCAAAGGGUUUUGCAGUGUGGGUAUGUUGGAAGAUGCCUGGAGGUUAACUCAGACCAUGAACGCUAAUGGAUGCACCAUUAGUACUGUGAUAUAUUCGACACUCGUAGAAGGAUUUUGCAGGUCUGGUAGGGUGGAGAAAGCGUUAGAUUUGUUAGGAUUUAUGGAGAAAGAAGGUGGAAGCAUUAGCCCAGAUACGAUCACAUAUACUAUGGUCAUUCAAGCGCUCUGCGAAAGGAAGAGGAUCCGAGAAGCGGUAGCUAUAUUGGACAGAAUGGAAGACAGAGGAUGUUUCCCAAAUCGUGUCACUGCAAGUAUUUUGGUAAAGGGGUUUUUGGAAACUGAGGAUGAAGGUGAGCUUUCUAAGUUGGUUAAAAGGUUGGCAAAAAGGGGCGGGGUUCCCAUGGAUGAGUGCUUUAGUUCUGCUGUGGCAUGGUUAGCCGGGAUGAAAAGAUGGGAAGAAACAGAGGACCUUUUCCGGCAGAUGUUGGAAUGUGGGAUGAGACCCGAUGGUCUUGCGUGCAGUCUUGUUCUUAGACAGAUUUGUUCACAGGCAAGGUAUCAUGAUUGUUUCUGUCUGUACGAAGAUAUUGAGAAGAUGAAGGUUAAUUCUACCAUCGAUUCCGAUAUACUAUCGAUUCUUUUGCUUGGUCUAUGUGAACAAGGGCACUCUCGGGAAGCCACAGAGCUUGCAGGACUGAUGCUUGAGAAGAAAAUCAGACUGAAUGUUGCUUAUGCAGAGAAAAUCAUUGAGUAUUUGAAGAAAGUCGGGGAACCAGAGCUUGUGCGCUUCAGCUCUCAAGGACUUGAAGUAUGAUGCUGUAUCCAGAACAAGAACAACAGGAUAUGUAAAGAAACCGGUUGAGGUCCCUUGACAGCCUUCAAGAAGUUGUAAAUAGUGUGAAAGAGCUUUCAUUACUUGGAAGAAACCCGUUGAGGUCCCCAAACUCUUCUUGCUUUACCAUCUUCUUUAGAUCUUAUCUGUUCGUCAUCACCAUCAUCAUCAUCAUGAUGGAACAUGAUGAUUGCGUCAUAUACAUGCCAGAAGCCGUAUGUGAAUGAAAUCAAGACCCCUCCAUCAUGUCAUUGUCACGUUGUUUAUAUUACUGUAUAAUGUAUAUAGGAGGGAAAUCAAAUUCUGUGAUCCUAUCUUAGACAUACUAAUCAAAUCAAUAAGCUUUUC